AUGUCAUCAAAAUCUCAGUCCACGGAGGGUGAAGGAAGUGCAACCGUUUCAGCGUCCCAGAGCUCUCUUAGUGGAGGCUCUACAGCGCCUCCGAGUUCGGAGAUAGCCACAAGUGAGAAGCAGUCGACAUCAACAAAGCAGAGCUCGGGCUCAAACAACCCCACGGCCGCUCCUUCCGUGAAAUCCUCAUCUGAGUCCAGCCACGCCUCAUCAAGUCAGCCGCAUACCGAGAAUGAAUCUACAACUUCAGCCGAUGCACUGACGGAGACGCAAUAUAUUAUCAGUACUGUUACCGCUUCCGAUUCCUCGGGUCUUGUGACCUUCACCACGACGGUAGAGGCUGCGUCUUCCUCGCGCGGAUCCGGAGAAACUACACCAGUAGAACCUUCUCAUUCAGACACUCCUUCUUCAACGCAAGGAUCACCGAUCUAUUCUCCGUUCCCGAGCGCCUUUAUUUUCGACGCAGUCAUCGCUGGUCAAUCAUACCACCUACCAUCUUCUGAUGGGCCACCCACGGUAAUCAUCUUGCAUGACGGUAAGACCGCAGAGCUUUCUCACGAUAAAAUCACGAUCGAGGGGGAGUCUGUCCCCGUUUCUCAAUUGUCGGAAGAUACCAAGAUCGCUGGUGUAAGUGUCCAAAAGAAACCAGGAGAAGCAGACGAGCCCCAGGAAGAAGAAGGUGGAGGUGGUGGCGGCGGUGGUGGCAUCGGCGGCCUCAUCGGAGGUCUUGUUGGUGGUGCCAAAAAGGCUGUCGAUGGCGUGAAGGAGGCGGGUGAAAGCGCCCUUGGGGUACCCGCUGCUGCGGCGGCGGGUGCCAGUACAGCUACUUUUGCAGGCAUAGCCGGCAAACUUUCAACAGCUGGCAACGGUGUCAACGCGCUUGUAUCUGGGCUGAACGGUAUCCAGAAAGCCAUGCCUGUGGACAAGCUCACGCAGGCUGGCCUGGGCGCGGCAAUGGAUGCGCAGAAUCUUGGUCGGCAAGCAUCGAACUGGCUCAGCUCGACCAGCGGCCUGGUCAAAGACUUUCCGAAUCUUCCGAAAAAGGUCCAGGAUCAAGUUUCUGACGAUAUCAAGAAGUUCGCGGGAGAAGGGGGACAGCUUGGGAAAGCUCAAGCUGCGCUGGAAGCCUUUAAAGACUUUCCUUGGGAAAGCGAGCUUCCGCAGACACAGCUCCCUUCGGCAACUCAGAAUCCCACGGCUUCGGCGACGAAUCGACCCAGCGGGACAAGCAUGCCAACCGAUACAGCUUCGCGUUCCAUCUCACAGGACCAGUCAACUACACAUUCGAGCUGGGAGUCAACUCAAAGCUUCACCUCUGCUUCGACUACAAGUGCACAGAAUACUACAUCUCUGCAGAGCACUCAGUUCACAAGCACUACUUCGGCAUCGAACACCACUUCCGCAACGUCAUCAACAUCGAGUGCCGAGCCUUCACCUACAGAGACCACACAGUAUUACAUCCGGACGAAGGAAGGAACAUCGCUGGAAACAUUCAAAAAGUUCAUAAAAGAGCUCGAUAAUGCUGCCGGGAGAUCGAUUACAUAUGACCCGAAGCUGAUUCCGCACCAAGGGUAUAUGACAAGAUUGACUUCCACUCAAGCGGAGGGACUCGAGUCAAAACAUAAAUUCAUCCUCAGCGCCGUCCCGAUCGUUUUCAAGCUAGAAGACCUCGAGAUUAGCAAAAAAGAAGAAUUUCGCGCUCUUCCCCAGCAGCGUAACGACACAGAUCUCAAUCUACUUGAUGCUCUGUUGUCUGAGGAACCUGGCGAAUUCUUUGGCCACUCGCAAAAAGUUACUAGGGAUUUCGAGGAACCAGACAACAAUGCACCCUACUGGAAGAAGAUGUUAUCAGCCCCUCCACGUACCGAGCUUGAGCAUGACGACCCACCGUAUAAGAGAGAUAAAGCAGAGGGGAAGGGCGCGACGGUGUACAUUAUCGACGAUGGUUUCGAUACGGACCAACCAGAGCUCCAAUCUACCGCAGAUCGGCAAGUCUGGUCUCACUUGGUCCCGAAUGAUUUUACGUUCCCUGAAAACUUUCUGGAGACCAUGAAGAGGGUCCACAAUGAUGUGAGCUUGAAGGAAGAUGUCAAGCUCGGUCAUCAUGGUACAAAGAUGGCGAUUGUGACAGCCGGAAAGACGCUUGGCAUCUCACCGAAGGCAAAUCUCGUCUUGUUUAAAGCAAAAGGAUCUUGGGUGCCUAGUACAGGCGCUAAGUUCCAGACCGUGAGCUACCAAUAUCAAGCUCUUGACUAUGCGUUAGAUAACAUUCGAGCUAUGAUUAUGCGGAAGCGUAUUGACGACGCUGAGAGACCCGUAGACCAACAUGAGAGAUCCGUGGUACAAAUGUCCUGGGGACUUGAAUUCGGCAACAACAGGCAAGCAGAAUCCAUGGUACCAUUGUUCGACGAAUUCUUUCAGUGGUGUCAGAGCAUGAACGUCCCAGUCGUGCUUGCGGCGGGAAACAGUAACAGAUCCCCCUUGGAUAAGAAAACGCCCCAGUCCAGUGGUACUACUACAAAUACAGUAAUCACCGUUGGUGGGGUUACGAAACGUGGAAGUUUGUGGCGAGAUACUUCUCCUGCUUAUAAUGGUGCCGCUGGAUCCAUGACGGUCUUCGCACCUGCUGUUGACAUCGUGGUGCCUGGAGAUGCUUCGAUACAAGAUAUGGGAACCAGCCAAGCAGCAGCCAUUGUGGGCGGCCUCGCAGCCUACCUCUAUAGCGUUGUUCCGGAACUGAAAUCAGGCGAGAACACGGAUAUGAAAAACUUCAUCGUCCAGCAUGCAUGGGUUCGAGCACAUCCUGAACCACCUGUGGUAUUCGGGGAUUUCGCCAGAGACGGAUGGCCGCCCCGGCUCAAUGUUGUGUACAAUCUUGCAGCUGGGGAUCCUCUUCAUCAGAACAAUCCAUGCGCGCCUGGUCACAUCGGAAAGCGGGACAACAGCUCGGCAUCCGCGUGUUCAGCGUCGUAUGCAUCGCAGAGCUCUACUCCCGCCUCAUCCAUCAACUCCGCUUCUUCGAAGACAAUUAAGAAGUCAACUUCGCAUCCUACCAUCACAACGCCCGCUACAAGCGCAAGCCACAGCAAGAACAGCGCCUCCUCGACCUCUGACAGCGAUUUCGAAUACUCCACCACAACAGGAACAUGGUCCGGCAAGUAUUACACCACUGAAACCAAAGUCAUCGUCUCAACGGUUCACGUAACGGACAUCAUGACCGUUGCUCCGCCCCCAGACACCACUGAGGCUCCGCCGCCACCUCCCCCACCGCCAUCAUCAGAAGCCCCACCUCCGGCCGAAACUUCUCACAGGGAAAAGCCGGACUCCCUACCGUUCUGUUGCAAAAGGGAUGGAAACGGCGACUUGAUUGUGGGCCAUUUGCAGCCUAGGUGUUGUCGUAGAGCUGUUGGCAUUUAG